AGACGCUAGGCUGCUGGCCUCAGCCCCACCCCCGCGGUGGGUCCCGGCCGGGCCUGUCCCUGUCCAGGCUGGCAGAGCUAGCGCUCGGCUGUGGGCGGUGCGACGUCACAGGCACAGCCCAGGAGGUCCACCCAGGGAGGGCGGACCUCGGGUCGGACCCGCCGCCCCCUACCCUAGGACCUGGGGGGUCUCCCCCCCAACCUUGCCCCCGCCUCCUGCCGGUCGCCACCACCCCUAACCUCUCCGGCUGAGCUCGGCGUCCCAGAGAGGAUUAACACCCACGGAGCUCCCUUUCAAGGACGUGGCCCCCUGUAUGGGUAGUGGGGGCCAUAGGUUGGGACACCCCCGGUGUCAAAAGUGAGUGGGCAGGUUGGCUGACCACAAGCAGUCUCUCAGCAUCAGCAUGGACUCCAGGAUCCCAUCUGCUCGGGGCUGGAUCAGCAGCCGCCCACCCACCUCCGAGUCUGACCUGGAGCCUGCCUCAGACGGGCCAGCUUCCGAGACCACCACCCUCAGCCCAGAAGCCACCAGCUUUAAUGACACCAGAAUCCCUGACGUGGCUGGUGGCACCGCCGGCGUGGGCACAAUGCUUCUGUCCUUCGGGAUCAUCACCGUCAUCGGCCUGACUGUGGCCAUGGUUUUGUACAUCAGGAAGAAGAAGAGGCUGGAGAAGCUACGCCACCAGCUCAUGCCUAUGUACAACUUCGACCCCACGGAGGAGCAAGACGAACUGGAGCAGGAGCUGCUGGAGCAUGGGCGGGACGCUGCCUCCGUGCAGGCCGCCGCCGCUGGGCAGGCCAUGCAGGGCAAGGUGGGCGCUGGCAGGCUCCUCCACCCAGCCCGCAGGCCACUCAUGGCUCUCCCGCCCCACCCUCUCUCCUUUCCCGGUCAGCUUUCUAACACCUGCCGUGUGGUCAGGUGGCAGCUAUAUGGGCUUUGUCAGGUUGGAUUAGAAACAGGUAGAAUUGCUCCUUGGCCCCCCACAGACCACUGCACAGCCAGGCCGGGGCAGCCUUGGGGUCCAGCCGGCUCUGCCCCUGAUCACCUGGUCACCUGGGAAGGUCCAUUGGCCUCUCUGAGCCUCAGUUUUCUCAUCUGCAAGUGAAAAAAAUACCCUGAUUCUUGCCUUGGGUGCACCCUUGAAACUAGGGGGAAGGCAGGAGGGAAUGUUGGGAGGCUGAGACCCUGGGUUCCUCUGCUUCCUAUCGCAUGCUGAGCGAGUUUUCACUGGGGUCAGAUUCUGGCACCUCUGAGUAGAACAGUGGGUUCCCAGUAACUGGCAGACCCCAGGCAGGUGCAGACCCUGGGCAGAUACCUCCCGUAUCCACAGAGUCAGGUACCUGUGUGGUUAUCCUGCUAGAGGCACUGGGCUGCCCAGCCACUUGCCAGCAGUCCCUGAGAUGUCCGGGGGCCAGAGCCCCAUGGAGAGACCUGGCCUCUCUGGACCGUGAUGCCUGUUUGCAUCCCUCCUGGCCUUGAUCCCGCAGAUUGCUAAGGAGUCUAGCCCCACAGAGGCAGCUUUGGGAGACUGGAUUCAGGAAGAGUGGAGACUGGGAGUCAGAGACCCUCUGGUUUGGCUACCAGUUCUGUGUACCUGGAUCAGGACUCACACCCCUUUGAGAUAUUCAGAAUAUUGGGCUGAGAAUCUCUGCCCACCCAACUCUUGGGACGACUGACCAUUUGACAGUCAUUUCCUGUGCACCCCCUUGUGCCAGCCCUUGUGCUGCAGCUUUGGGGCUUGGGGUACAGAGGUGAGCCCCCUCUGCUGGGAGAAGGCGGUACCUGUGUAAUUAAUCCUGGGACCCCAGGGAAAGUGCUGCCUCUGGCUGAGAAGGUAAGACGAGCUGGGGAUGGCUGUCAGGAGGAGUCAUGGGAGGCAUCACUUGAGUCAGGUCAUAUUUCUUGGCUGAGCUUAUGGGAGGGCAUUCCAGGCAGAAGGCAUAGUGGGUGCCAAGUGCAAGUAAGCAGCAGAGGGUGAAGGUGACUGGGUAAGAGAGGGCCUGGCCUCAGUCAAGGUUCCUGAUGCCCCGACUGUCUCUGUGCAGACCACGCUCCCCUCUCAGGGCCCAGUGCAGAGGCCCAGUCGGCUGGUGUUCACCGAUGUGGCCAAUGCCAUCCACGCAUGAGU